CUCCUGCCACUCCUCUCAGUAGUCGCUCCAGUCCGCGAUGGAGCCCCUGACAUAGCAGAGGAGACUCAGGACGGCUCGGCUCUACCGAAGCGCACUUUCUUUACGCAUGUGGUCCUCACGUGGAACUGUGGGAGAAGUUUGCAUGGCACGAGAGCGGCUCAAAGACAACUUUAGAGAGCAAGAAUGAAAAUAAGAUGUGCCCACUACAUACAUAGAGUGAGACACAGGUGCUUCCUGUUUUCUCUGUCUCUUCUGGCCGUCUGUCUGCUCAAGCUGGUCUACAUUAAAGUGACGGUGAGGGACGGCAUCUACAUCGAGCCCUAUGGAAUCACUGCCAGCUUAUCAGGCAUCCACAACCGCAAGUAUGACGUCAACUGCACCGCCAUCUACGAGCUCGACCCAGUGGAGAUAGGAAAAGCUCUGGAGAUAAAGCGGAAAGCCAUUGUUGACGUGGACGAUGAUAGCACUGUGAGCUUGACCGCGGACUGUCAAACGUUUAUCAAAACCAGGGGUUACAAUGAGGUCCCGGUGUCGGAUGCAGAGCGGAGCUUCCCGCUGGCUUACUCCCUGGUGGUGCAUAAGAAUGCACCCAUGGUGGAGCGGAUUCUCCACGCCAUCUACGCGCCUCAUAACAUCUAUUGCAUUCACUAUGAUCAAAAGUCCUCCCCGGCGUUUAUAAAGGCAAUUAAAAACCUGGCUCAGUGUACUCCAAAUGUGUUCAUUGCCUCAAAAUUGGAGUCUGUGGAAUAUGCACACAUCAGCAGGCUUAAUGCUGACUUAAACUGCCUCUCUGACCUGCUGAGGUCGGAGGUCAAGUGGAAGUACGUCAUCAACCUGUGUGGCCAGGACUUUCCUCUUAAGUCAAACUAUGAACUGGUAAUGGAGCUGAAACAGUUGAACGGCAGUAACAUGCUGGAGUCCAGCCGACCCAGUGAACUCAAGAAACAGCGCUUUGGCUUCCAGCACGAGCUGAAAAACGUGCCUUACGAGUACCACCGUAUUCCCGUCAAAACCACAGCGGCCAAAGAUGUUCCUCCUCACGGCAUUGAGAUGUUCAUCGGCAGCGCAUAUUUUGUCCUGUCGUGGGAUUUUGUGAAUCACAUUAGCGGCAGCCAGGUGGCAAAAGACUUUCUGACAUGGUCUGCUGACACAUACUCACCAGACGAACACUUCUGGGCCACCCUUGUCAGGGUCCCUGGGGUUCCCGGACACAUUCCCAGAUCGGAAGUGGAUGUGACGGACCUGAGGAGUAAGACGCGACUGGUCAAAUGGAAUUAUUUAGAGGGUAAGCUUUACCCAGCCUGCACGGGUACACACAUGCGGAGUGUUUGCAUCUACGGAGCCGCUGAACUUCGCUGGCUCCUCAACUAUGGACACUGGUUUGCCAACAAAUUUGACCCCAAAGUGGACCCGAUCCUGAUUAAGUGUUUGGAGGAGAAGCUUAUGGAAAAACGUGUGCAAAUAUGAUACUCAAGGGAAGGGAGUAAUUCCAGGGUAGGUGCAAAAUUACAGAAAGGCAGUGUAAAAAGUGCAUCUACUCACUGAGAUCCAGGCCAGUCUAAUUACUUCGCAGGUUAAGAUUUCCCAAGAAAACAGAUGAUAAAGUCAUGGAAUGUGCAUCGCUAUAAUUUAAACUAUCUGACAAUAUAUGGAGAUACAUCAUUUGCACCAACUGCAACAUGAAAACACUGCAUUUAUAAUACAUCAGUGAUUUGACACAGUGGAAAGUUCCUUUACUUUCAUUAAGGAGGUACAUUUUACUGAUGUUUCUAAAUAUUGUUUGCAGGAUGUUUACUUUUAGUGAACUAUUUUUACAAUGUGGUAUUGCUAGGGGAUUUAAAUUCUCUGUCGAUCAUUUUUUCAUUCAUUCUAAUCAUUGUCAGUGUGUCACUGACCACACACAGCAUUUAAUGAGGGACAGAAGGAAAUCAAUGAAGUGCCUAUGUCUACAGGAAUAAUGUUAUUUUAGGUAAUGCCAUCCUAAAACCAAAUGCCACUCAAUAUCACGUCCAUGCUGAUCUCGAGUUUGAUUUCAGACUACUCUUAUUGAGAGUAGAGAUGCCAAAGACUCUGUGUUCUGUAAAUGAAGAUAGGAAUUCAGUUAAAAAAGUGUAGAUUAUUAUGAAAGUUUGUAAUCUUUGAUGAUUUAUUUAUUCCUGAAUAAAAGUACGGUGGGUUGUUUGGAUUGUGGUCUCAGUCACAUCUCUGAACAAGCUCUGGCUUAUUAAAGAA